AUGAACGGCCACGCAAAUGGCACAGCGGAAACAAUCGACGUCGCCAUUAUUGGCGCAGGCAUCUCCGGCCUGAACGCCGCCUACCGCGUCCAAACAAAACUCCCCAAUGCAACAUACCAAAUCUUCGAAGGUCGCGGCGACAUUGGAGGCACAUGGGAUCUCUUCAAGUAUCCCGGCAUUCGGUCCGAUUCAGAUUUCUACACCUUUGGGUUUGAGUGGAAUACAUGGAGCAAGGACAACCCGAUUGUGCAGGGAAGCGAUAUAAAGCAGUAUUUGCAAGAGUCAAUAAAGAAGACGGGGAUUAAUCGGCGAAUUCGAUUUCAUCAUCGGUUGGAGGCGAUGGAGUGGUCAUCCGAGGAUCAAUUUUGGACUUUGACUCUUGAUGUACAGGGACAGACCAAACAUGUCCGGACGCGAAAUCUCAUCAUUGGAACGGGCUAUUAUGAUUAUAAUCAGCCUCUGGACGCCGAUAUACCAGGCUUGCAAAAUUUUAAGGGACAAGUGAUUCAUCCACAAUUCUGGCCCGAGAAUCUGGACUAUACAAACAAAAAAGUGGCUAUCAUCGGCAGUGGUGCUACAGCAGUCACUCUUGUGCCGAGUCUAUCACCAACAGCAGCACAUGUUACCAUGAUUCAGCGCAGUCCGACAUAUAUAUACCCACUUCCGAAUAACACGGGUGGAUGGCUCAGUUUCUUUCUCCCCAAUUUCCUUCGUCAUAAACUGAGUCGCAUGUUCUUCAUAUUCUUGCAGCGGUUCAGUUACGAGAUAAGUCGUGUAUAUCCGCGACUGGCUAGAUAUGUUAUUAUGCGACGUAUGCAAAUCCUUCUUCGCGGAGCAUUACCUAUGGACCCUCACUUCACUCCGCGAUAUAACCCUUGGGACCAACGGCUCUGCCUAGCGCCUGAUGGCGAUUUCUUUACUGCCUUGCGCUCCGGCAAAGCAGAUGUCAAAACCGGGUCUGUCAAGACCAUGACAGACAAUACUAUUGUGCUCGACAAUGGUGAAGAAAUAGAAGCAGACAUCCUCAUCACAGCCACAGGAUUACGAAUCUCAGUUGCAAGCGGCGUCCCCAUCAAAGUCGACGGUGAGAUAAUUGACGUCUCCCAGAAAUAUCUGUGGAACGGAUGCAUGCUCCAAGACGUGCCGAAUCUGUGCUAUGUGCUCGGAUACAUCAACGCAUCCUGGACCUUAGGUGCUGAUGCCACUGCGCUCUUGUUUAUGCGUAUAUUGCAAUACAUGAAACGCCGCAACGCUGGCGUUGCCGUACCCCGAGUUGAGGAUCCGUCAGCUUUGACACCCAGGCCACUUAUCAAUAUGAACUCAACGUACUUUGAGAGGGCGCAGAAGAUUAUGCCGAAGACGGCGGAGGAGCAUCCGUGGCGACCAAAGGGGAGUUAUUAUGUGGAUAGCUGGAAGGCGAUGUUCGGGCGGGUUGAUAAGGGGAUUGAGUAUAUUUCCGCGAAGUGA